AUGGAUGACAAGGAGUUUGAUCGAGUUCCAAACAUUAUUUUCAAUGGAGUAUGCGCAUUGGAGAAACGUGGCUGUCCUGGAACAUUAAUUCCAUUGACGAAUGAUACUCGUGCAGUACUAUGUGGAGCCGAUUCCAAUGAUACCAUUAUUGUCGCGACACGAUUUGGUCGUGGACGUUGUUUAGUAUUUGCACACUGCGACUAUUCAGGCUUCUUCUUAAAUGUGAAUGAAAACAACAAACGCUUUGUGGAAAACUGUCGACAAUGGCUCGCAAACGGACAUGAUGUUGAGUUUUUAUCGAUUGAUAAUGUUCAGUCGAUGGAUGAGAUCAAUACAAACAACAAAAUUCUUGUUUGGAAUGCACAUCGGGAAAAGUCGGAUGUGUUCAUGAAUGAUUUGUGUGAUUUUCUUCAAAACGGUGGCGGUUUAAUAUGUGCAUCAGUCGCAUGGGGCUGGUUACAAAUCAAUAAUCUCGCACAUCAUCCAGACGAUCCACAAAAGUUAGCUAUUAUCGGGUCAGUUAUCAAAGAAUUAGGUGAUACAUUACCUGGAGUCCCAGCAGAAACAUUACAUUGCAUUGUUGUGAGUGCUGGUAACGAUGUCAUCCCAGUAAAUACAUGUCCAAUUAAAAAUGAAAACUGUCGACAAAAAGCGACAGGCAUCUGUGGAAUUAUGUAUGGUUUACCAGGCAUUAAAGCGCCAGGGAUUCAACAUUUUCCGGGCGAUUUCGAUCGACCACCGCAUAUUUUGACCGGUGUACAAUAUACUGUUGAGUCGAGUACGGUUGAAUGGCAUUGUACUGGAUACUAUGUGGCUGCUGGUAUUCCAAUCGAGAUCGAUGUUAUAGACUUAAAAGGAUCUGAUAAAUGGUCUGCACGAAUUGGUUGUCAUAGUGACAAUCUUGGACGAUGCGAUCAGCUUCGUCGUUGGCCUUGCAUUUCCAUAUGUAAAUCACUAUCUUCUGGAGCCAUUCGAAUGAGUUCUGCAUUCGGUGGCUUACUUUUUCUUCAAAGUCCUGAGGGUAAUUCCAAUUCCAUCACCGUUAAUCUGCAUCACGUUGUAUUAACACCAACGUAUGAUUUAACUGAUGCCAAUCGUCUUAUAACCUGGGAUAGUAAACGUUCAGAAGCAGAAGGUCUAUGGGCUGACAUUGCUGGACGAUUUAUUGUCUUUAAUCUACCUUCGAAAAGUGUUUUACAUCUUACGGCCUCUCAACUCGAUCGUGCUUUAGAAUUUUGGGACAGUGUCGUUCUAGCACAUCAUGAUUUACGUGGAACAGAGCCCGAUCGUCGUGAACGAAUUGUUUGCGAUGAACAACCAUCCAUUGGUUAUAUGCACAGUGGAUAUCCGAUUGUCACACAUAUGGAUGUGAGUAAUCAUACACAGGAUGGUUUUCUACUCAAUAUUGAAACGCGUAAGAAAAAAGGAGAAUGGGGUAUAUUCCAUGAAAUUGGUCAUAAUCUACAACGAGCAUGGUGGACGUUUGCUGGUACUACUGAAAUAACAGUAAAUAUAUUUACUUUACACGCUAUGGAUAAAAUUUGCCACAUUCAACCAUGGAUACAUGAUUGGUUAAAAGAUCAAAUUUCUGGAACGAAAGAGUACAUCAACAACGGUUCACAGUUCAAUAAAUGGAAAGAAAAUUGUGGUGUAGGUUUAUUUAUCUAUGCUCAAUUGAUUCGUGAAUAUGGAUGGGAAUCUUAUAAAUGUGUAUUUCGUAAAUAUGAACAAAUUCAACCAAAUCUUUCUUCUGACCAGGAGAAAAUGGAUUAUUGGAUAACGACAUUUUCUAAACAAGUAGGCCAAAAUUUAGUUCCACUAUUCAAAUUUUGGGGCUUCCCAAUAUCUCAACCAACGAUUGAUGAACUAGCACAGUAUCCUAUUCCUGAAAUAGUUGACGAUUUUAUUGUGAUGGCACCAGAACGCUAUACUGUUUCGUAA